CACUUGACUUUAGACUCACUUGACUCUCUGCGGCUGCAAACAUGUCUCGAUUCGUCGGACGUCUCUUCGUGCUCGCUUCUCGACACGCGACAGCAAGAUCUGCGGCGUUACCGAGGAGGAUCACCCGUCCUGUAUCCACGUCUCAAGGCCUGCAGUCUCUCACGCGAUACAAUAAGACCACAGACUGGCAAAAGAAGCUGACCCCGGAACAGUAUGUUGUCACCAGAGAGAAAGGAACUGAGGAGCCUUUUAGUGGGAUCUACCUGAACCACUACGAGAUGGGGAUGUACCACUGUGUCUGCUGCGAUUCUCCACUCUUCAGUUCAGAGGCUAAGUAUGACUCUGGGACAGGCUGGCCGGCAUUCAAAGAGGCUCAUGGGACAUGGGAGCGUGAUGAAAGCCACGCCUCUGUCAUCCGUCGCCCUGACAACAGCCUGGGUAGUGCCGGCACAGAGGUCCUUUGUAAAAAUUGCGAUGCCCACCUCGGCCAUGUGUUUGAUGAUGGACCCGACCCGACAGGUCAGCGGUUCUGCAUCAACAGUGCAGCCCUCGUGUUCAAAGCCAGAGAAAACAACAAACCUAACAAGGAUGAGUAGAACUGAUGGACUUGCCUAAACCACUGAAACGAUAUUUUUUACCUGCAAGUGAAUCACGCUCAGUGUCUUGUUGAGAAACAGUGGAUGUAUGCAGGACAUGAGUAGAUGAUUCAGUCGCUAUGCUCUCUUAAUGAAAGUCACAAGUCCCUUGAUUUUUUAUUUUUUUUUUACUGUUGACUAAUCUUUUGUAAGAACUAGAAUGUCAUUUGAAGGGAGUUGAAUGAGAAGCUUUGUGUAGGACGUCCUGGAUAACCACACAUGUAAAAACAUGUUUUUAAUUACAUUUUUAUGUCUGUCACUUCUUUAUAUAUCUGAAAAAAUUCAAAAAAUAUGAUCUAAUGAGACCUGUUUUUCUGUUGGAACCACAGAUUGCACAACACUUGAAGUUCCCCUGUGGCAUUGCUGUUAUUUGUGUUUUCUGGUUUGGAGCCACAUGCACAGAGCCAGUGUUAGGAAUCAUGCAUACAUGACUGAUAAGUUGUCAAUAAAUGUGCAUUUUGUUUGUUCUCUGACUCAAA